AUGUCUCAAUCAAAUUCAACUGAUAAUUCUAAUUCUCAUAAUAAUAAUGAUACAAUAAAUCAAAACUUAGAAAAUCAUGAACAAUUAAUUCAUUCUAGAUUAGGCAGUAUUGUACCAGAAUGUGAUACAGUUAAAACUGCUUAUGAUUUAUGCUUUCAAGAAUUUUUUCCAAAUUUUCUAAAAGGUUAUACAUUUGAAAAAGAUCCAUGUGAAAAAAAAUUGAAAAUUUAUCAAAAUUGCCUACGGGAAGCAUUGAAAACUACAUUUAAUAUGGAUUUGAAUGAAUUAGAUUCAAUAAGAACUGAUGCAGAAACAAUUAGAAAGAUAACAAGUAAAACAAAAUAA